AUGACCUCGACAUCGACCCAAGCGGGACGAUUUAACCUUACGGGGUCAGCAAAUGGAUACAAUAACGAUGUCUUUGGCAAUCUUCACAAUUUUACAUUAGACAUGGAACCAUGCAAUAGUCACCAAGAGUCGAAAACGUUUCAAAUCAUCCUAGUCGGCAAUGAGGACCCACCCGACAUCAACUCAAAUGUGACAAGAGCGACAGUAGAAGCAACUUUCGAUGCCCAGACAGCAAACUUUACGUUAUCUGGUAACUUUUACGCUAUUCCAUUCCCUUUACAGAAUAUAACAAAUGCAACAAAUGGGCUAGGGUCUGUGAGAGGCGCAAUCAAAAUAUCCUUCGGCGGCGUUGUCGACUCUUACCGUUCAGAUAUUUUGGUAAAAACUAGUCAUACCCCUACCUGGAUUAGGACAGUAGGGUUCCAAAAUAACUCACUCAAUAUCGGUUACGGUCAAAAGGAAAACAAACAUGCGACAGUCGGAUAUUCCCGCUUUUUCAACAAAGUACGCGAGAACUUUUUCUCCUACUUAGUGCCCUGGGUGAAUGAGAACUACGACAUAUCCAACUCUUCUUCUCAACGAGCAUUUGGUGGUCUCGCCCUCGGCGGUACUCUGACUCUGGCGAUGCUGUUUAAUGCGACGGAUUACUUCUCUUCUUACUGUAUCAUGUCACCUACGCCGGCUCCUUCUGCUGGCGACCCACAAUACAAUGCCACUUUUAAACCGGGGCUACGUGAUGUGGGUAUCCUGACUGGAGCUGGGUUUUACGAUACCACGUUUAACGCGGCACGGGAUUGGGAGACGGCUUUGGCUGCAGAGAAUGUAACCUACUUGAGCCACUACUCGACGAGCGGUGCCCGUCAAUGGAGCACAUGGCAGGAGAUUAUCUACAUCUAUUUGAGGGAGGCUCUUUGGAAAUCUGUUCCAUAUGGUAGGAAGACGAGCUUUAACCAGGUAAUUCACUGA